CCCCUAGCCGGCUUCCUCCUCCCCGGAGCGGGCGGCCGGAUGGCGUCCGGCCCGCCCUGCCGCCCAGCGACCCGCAGGUAGCCCCCUGCCGCCCUCCGCGCCAUGUCUGCCGGCUGGUUCCGGCGCCGCUUCCUGCCCGGAGGUCCGCUGCCCGCGCCGCGACCACCCAGGCCGCGAACCAGCCCCGUGCCCUACCGACGGCCCCGCUUCCUGCGCGGCUCGGGCUCCUGCUCCAGCACAGCCGACUCUCCGCGCCGCCCGGAGGCCCGGCCAGUGCGCUGCCCAGCGCGGGGCCGCGCGCUGCCCUGGAAUGCAGGCUACGCAGAGGACAUGGGUGUGUCCCUGAAGGGUCACGGAUCACUUCCUGGCCUCAGGAUCAUCAAUGCAGAGAAAUCUGAGUUCAAUGAGGAUCAGGCUGCCUGUGGGAAGCUAUGCAUCCGGAGAUGUGAGUUUGGAACUGAAGAGGACCAGGAGUGGCUGACCUUGUGCCCCGAGGAGUUCCUGACAGGUCAUUAUUGGGCACUGUUUGAUGGGCACGGUGGUCCAGCUGCAGCCAUCCUGGCUGCCAACACCCUGCACUCCUGCCUGCGCCAACAACUGGAAGCCAUAGUAGAAGGCAUGGUGACCACUCAGCCCCCCAUGCACCUCAGCGGCCGCUGUGUCUGCCCCAGUGACCCCCAAUUUGUGGAGGAAAAGGGCAUUAGGACAGAAGACUUGGUGAUUGGUGCUCUGGAGAGCGCCUUCCAGGAAUGUGAUGAGGUGAUAGGGCGGGAGCUGGAGGCCUCAGGCCAAGUGGGCGGCUGCACAGCCCUGGUGGCUGUGUCCCUGCAGGGAAAGCUGUACGUGGCCAAUGCCGGGGAUAGCAGGGCCAUCUUGGUGCGGAGAGAUGAGGUGAGGCCCCUGAGCUCUGAAUUCACCCCCGAGACUGAGCGGCAGCGGAUCCAGCAGUUGGCCUUUGUCUAUCCCGAGCUUCUGGCUGGUGAGUUCACCCGACUGGAGUUCCCUCGGCGACUGAAGGGGGAUGACUUGGGACAGAAGGUUUUGUUCAGGGAUCACCACAUGAGUGGCUGGAGCUACAAGUGCGUGGAGAAGUCAGAUCUCAAGUACCCACUGAUCCACGGACAGGGUAGGCAGGCUCGGUUACUGGGAACACUGGCCGUCUCCCGGGGCCUGGGAGACCAUCAGCUCAGAGUCCUGGACACAGACAUUCAGCUCAAGCCCUUCUUGCUCUCUGUCCCACAGGUGACAGUACUGGAUGUGGACCAGCUGGAGCUGCAGGAGGAGGAUGUGGUUAUCAUGGCAACUGAUGGUCUCUGGGAUGUCCUGUCCAAUGAGCAGGUGGCACGGCUGGUGCGGAGCUUCCUCCCUGGCAAUCGAGAGGACCCACACAGGUUCUCGGAGCUGGCCCAAAUGCUAAUCCACAGCACACAGGGAAAGGACGGCAGCCUCACAGGGGAAGGGCAGGUAUCCUACGACGACAUCUCUGUGUUCGUGAUUCCCUUGAACAGUCAGCACCAAGGGAGCAGUAGCCAUUGAGGAUUCAGAGACCACAUCCCAGAACCACUCGGGGCCCGGUGGUGUGGGCAUCCCUCCACCGUGGCCAGCAGCAGGCCUGUCCGCCCUGGCACCAGACACAGCCCAGGAUUCUCACCACCCCACCCUACCCCAACCCCUUUCAAGGGGAGCAUUUAUACCAGGCAGUCAGAAGUACAGAGCGUGGGGAACCCUGCUCCCCGGGCCCCCCCUGUGGCAGGCAGGGAAAUAGUGCUAAUGUUAACAUUCCCCUGGCAGAAUUACUGUACAACUUAGGAUGCCCACAUAAGGAUCCUUAACAGCCCCAAUAUAUUAUUCCCAGAUAGGGACAGCUGGACUAAAUGAAUUGGCCAAGGAUGCCGGGAGGGGCAGAUAGCCUGUGUUUGGAUACAAGUUUCCAAUCCAUGUCAGGGUAUCUACUCAGUAACCCCCAAAGCUCAUGCAGGGAGCCUGUGGGAAGCUAUGGACAGCCGCUCAUCUGCUCAACAGUAGCUUGAAGCAGCCACUUGGGAGAAACCAGCUCAGGGCCUGCGCUGCUUCCCUCUGCCAAGGCACAGGCCCUGGGGAUAAAGUUGGGGGAGAACAAAAGGAGCAACAGGAGACUCCGGUGGCCAAGUGGGAAAUGCCCUCCGAUUGCUGCUCCUGCCUCUGCACUGGCCUCUUCGACUGCACCUUCCAGGCCCCAGCCCUACCCUAGGGGGAUGCCCCAAUGUCUGUUUGCUCCCCAUCAUCUCCCUACGAUUAAAUAUUUGUGUGCAGAAGA